GACCGGAGCCGACCGGUGCCUUGGACGCGAUUGUUGCGCCCUGUCGCGCGUUUUUUCCUUUUGUUUUCUGCCCAAGAAAAGGCGGCGGCGGUCUGCAGCCGUGAAUUAAACGCGCACUGUGAUAUGUCAUGACAGACGCAUGACAUAUCGUACUGUCAGCUGUUAGUGGAGCUGGCAGCUGCUUGGGUGUAAUGACAGCGUGACGGAGACCGCUGUAGCGCUACCUUCCUAUAAAGUCGAACAUUGCGAGGUGUACACCUAUGCAAGUAGCUGGCUUCCUAGCUCCGCGAAUGACGCAAUGAGCGACGGGAUUUGCGAGCGUAGGUUUGUUGACUCUCUUCCGCAGUUUUGAUACGCGAUGCGAUUGAUGCCCUUGAUGCGAGCUUGCCGAGUCAGGCCAUGGUCGACAAUGCUAGCGUGACACUGGCCCCAAUCGUCUGCGUGGGUGUUCGCUCGCCAAAAGGAAUAUCGGCAUAAAUUGUUAACGUGCGAACGUUAACGGUGGAACGCUGUCAGUUCCAUCUGAUGUGCCCACGGGGUUGUUUUAUUUUGUAACCCGAGCAGGUGAUCGACUGAUUUAGUGCGGUACAUAUUUUGGCUGCGAUCAAAGUGGUCACCUUCCAGCACUACAGCUCUUUUUUUUUUUUUCUUUCGGUGUAUCGCUACAAGUUGUGGUAGGGUUGCGGCAAGUUGCGGGACGAAACUAGGGCGCCUAUGGGGGCACUCCUGCCCGAACUUGUCAUUUGCUGGUUCCUACGUGACACAUCACAACGUGCCCCUACUUGCACUCUACCCCAACAUUUCAACAUGUUGUUGCAUGGUGUUUCUGUCAGUUUUUAUUAUAGGUGUUCUUAAGUUUUAUCUUUUGCACGGCGCUAAAGAACAGUAGCAGCACUGCUAUCUGUGAGCAGCGAAUAUAAACAAGCUGCCUAAGAACAUAGCCUCUGAGAUCUCCACUUUCCGCGCCAAUCUUUGUGGCUAUGCUGCAGAAAAGUAAAGACAUAAACCGUAUGGCAUGAGCUUCCAGAAAACCGCUGCUACGAAGAUGUGUUUGUCGACUUGAAUCUCUGGUCGGUGAAUAAGACAAACAGCGCAGCAGCCCCUCUUGAAAUGCGCCGUUAAGUCUACGCGCGUCCAUCGGGUGUUUUUCCGUGCUCGUACGGCUCGUGUCGCAAGCCAGGCCAGCCGUUACAAGUGCCAACACGCAGCAGCCGCGUCGACGAACGGCAAGUUUGAGCAAUGACGCCGGGCGGUUCGCUUGGAGUGCUGGCUUUGUGGCUGUCGUUGACAGCGGUCUGUGGCGACAAGAGGGGAUACAUCCUCUAUUGUCCCUGCAUGGGGCGCUUUGGGAACCAGGCUGACCACUUUCUAGGCGCACUGGCCUUCAGCCGAGCACUGGACCGCACCCUAGUCCUUCCACCAUGGGUGGAAUAUCGCCCAGGAGAACCCAAGUCCGUGCAGGUGCCCUUUGACACAUACUUCAAGGUGAAGCCGCUCGCCAAGUACCACCGGGUGAUCGUCAUGGAGCGGUUUAUGAAAGAUCUGGCACCCUCCAUUUGGCCACCAGGAAACCGCACUGUGUUCUGCUACCAAGCCCGUGCAUUGGGCCAGGGCUGCCAGGCCAAGGAGGGCAAUCCGUUUGGCCCCUUCUGGGACACGUUUGGCGUGGACUUUGACAAGUCCGAGUUCUACAUGCCUCUCCAGUACGAUAUCCACCACCGUGACAUGGCACGCAAGUGGAAGGAGAAAUAUCCGGCCGACAGGUACCCGGUGCUGGCAUUUGUGGGUGCGCCAGCCACCUUCCCCGUGCAGAAGGAGAACCUGGCACUGCAGUCGUACCUUGUGUGGAGUGACACAGUCCUCAACAAGGCGCGCCACUUCAUCCGCACUAGCCUGCGUGUGCCCUUUGUUGGCAUUCACCUGCGCAAUGGCAUCGACUGGGUGCGUGCCUGCGAACACUUGGAGUCAAGUCCACUGCUCUUCUCGGCACCUCAGUGCGUGGGCUACAUGGGAGAGCGAGGCCCACUGCCUGCAUUAGCCUGCCUUCCCACUCCCGAGGUCGUCACGCAGCAGGUGGUGCGUGUUGUUCGAGCCUUGCGGGCACGUUCUGUCUUUGUGGCCACAGACAGUGAUGCUAUGCUUGACCGGCUAAACCGCGCCCUCGAGCCUCUGCAGGCAGUGGCCGUGCAGCGCGAGCCCAGCGACCCACAUGUGGACCUGGCCAUUCUGGGCCUGUCCAACCACUUUGUGGGCAACUGUGUGUCAUCGUUCAGUGCCUUCGUCAAGCGCCACCGUGACGUGAACGGCCUGCCCUCUUCCUUCUGGGCCUUCCAGCCAUUGGCCGAUGAUGGAGGCAUGAGUGCCAGUGAGCGCAUUCACCAGGAAUUGUGAUCGAUGCUAACACACUUGGUGGGAGUUGCAGCUCUGCAGAAAGGACACAUCGUUCGGAGGUCACUACUGUUCACGUCAACUCUGUCCAGGGACUACGGGAUCCAAGGAAGCCUAAGGACAUUUGCUGGCUGUGGUGGACCAUUCUUUGUUGUGAACACUGUGCAGAGUGUCAACAAGAAAAGGGACAUUCAGUUGAGUGAGAUGAGAUUAGCAGCCACAAGUUGUAAUUAGUCGAUGAUGCAAGAAAGGGUGAUCACCAGGAGAGGCCUUUAUCCUGAGGUGGACCUAGUGAAUAAGCUGAUGACAAUGACAGGCUUUCACUUGUACGAGAGUGUAAGAUGCAUUGUACUUUAUUAUGCAGCAACUGCAAAACGUGGGUUAUAUAGUGAUUUGUAUACAUCACAGAAUUAAGUGGUCUUUUAUUUUUCUUAAUACACUGCAUUCCCAGGACCAGUGCUUAGAGAAAGAAGCUGUCUUGCCUACAUAGUUGUUGAAAGACCUAUUGUGGUCGCAGGUGUAGCCCUUGUCCAGUGAUUGUUUUUCUGCUAAUUUAAAACAUAUCAUUUGUCGUUCUGUGCACUUUUGUCUGUUUGACAAGUGAUAGAAACAUAUGUUUUUAUACUAUAUGAUAAUUUUUUUUUGAGCACGAGUCUGUGAUGUGAAAUUUUGUGUGAGGCCACCAUUGAUUCAUUAAGUGGCAUAUUUUUUCACACUUGUAACCGAGCCCCUUGGCUAAAGAUAAGAGGCAUUUUUGCUAUACGUCAUGCAGCUGUCAUAUGCCAGGAAAAUGCUAUCUGUGUGAAGCUAGUGGGAACCAAACCCACAAAUGUGCUCGUUGUUUGUGUUGCUCUCAUUAUUUAUGCUCAUAUUUCAUGCUCUUCAUUUCACUGGGUAUUUGUAACCUGCUUUCUAUGUUGUGUCACUUGGAGCAUUGUGUUUCUACUGCUUGCUACGACAUUGCUGCAACUCAUUGUCAGUUGAAUGGCAGCAACUGGUUUCGAGUGAUUAACUAUGCAAAGAAACGAGGGUGGAGCAAAGGACAAAAAACAAUGCAAACAUAGAACUUCACUGUGCAUGGCUUUAUUUGUGCUUCUCGCUGCGUCCUUGUCUCGGUGCACAGUCAGUUACCAACUGGCACGAAGUGAGUUCUUUUUCUUUGAGCUGGUUUUCGGACAGAAAGUCUCUGCUCCACUCAGCACCAACCUUAUCCACUUUCUCUCCAUUCCUGUGCCAUGGUGCAUGAAGCACUUGUAAACCAGCAGUGCAGUGGAAAAAAAUUUAGUGAUACAGGUGGCAUACGUGUGGCUUCUAGCUGCUUAAAAUUGCACAGAUAUGCUUUCUGAUAAAGCAGUAGUGACACUGGCCACUGUUUGUCAUAGCAUGCCUGCUGACAUUAUUGCUUUCGUAAUUUGUAUUUUCCUACUUAAGAACCUGUCUGCAUAGAACAGUGUGAUAGCCUUGAAAACGCCGCAGAUGCUUUUGUGCUGGUGCCCUUCAUAAUCUUGCAUGAUAAAGAAAGAAAUUGGGGCAAAAAAAAAAAGAACGCAGAGAUGUUAGCUUGCACUUUUGUGCUCUGGCCAGCCACUCCUCUACACAAUAGAAGUGCCGAGGACAAACACAAGUGUGCGUGACUCGGCAAGUAUUUCUGAAGCUCUCAGUCGUCAAACAACGCUGUGUCAACGCUUGCCAAUUAUAAUUUUUCAAUAGCACCCUUAUCUCAUUCAGCUCUAGCGCACAAAGAGCAGGUAAACAAGCCCUUAGGCAUACCUCGUUAUAAUGAAAUGGGUUAGAACGAACUAAUUGUAAUUCCCCUAGAAAUUUUCAUAGAAUCCCUAAGAAUAAAAUGUUCUACUGCAGAAUAAAUUUCCCAUAAAUGGAUGUAACGUACAUUUCUUUAGUUCGUAGUGAAGAUAACCGAUUAUUUCGCAUCGACUAGGCCGAAAUGUGACGGCAUGCUAUGCUGCUAGUAAUUUCUCUGAUACAGCCUUUCAAAACAAAAUCCUGUGAGCUGCGGGUUACGUGGCAUCUUGCAAACUGGCCGCGAAUAUGCGUUAGCGUUGAUGAUGGCAUUACAAAAGGCAGUGCACCUUCGGCGGUGCACUGCAGGCCUUUUCAUUGGUUUUCCCAGUACUAGUAAAUCAUUGCAACACCCUCCUCAGGGUCGUCGGGCGGGCAAUGUUUACAACAAUGUAAUGAAUAUAAACUGAUUUCGGCUUCCAGUUCAGUUACAUUAUAUGCUCCUCAUAGUGGAGUUGGCCGGCGAGCGCUGCAGCACUUGUCGCAGCACAAGCGCAACUAUGGGAUAGAUGGCGUAUAGGCACCCUGUAAAUUACAGACAGUGCAGUUCGCGGCGUUGAAACCGGUCGCGGCACAGCAUGGUAUUGGCGUGCUUCAAUAACAGAAUGAAUCUUUUUGAAACACGUGAGCUCACGCUUUCCGUUCGGCGUCGUGGUCUUUGUUUAGCCGGCACUCCUCAAAUCACCGGCAACUACAUUUUCGUGCUCAUACGUUGACAUUCCUAAUGGCACCCGCCAGGGUGGCUCAGUCAGCUAAGGCGUUACGCUGCUGAGCAUGAGGGCGCGGGGUCAAAUCCCGGCCGCGGCGGCUGCAUUUCGAUGGAGGCGAAAUGCCAAAACGCUCGUGUGCUUGCGUUGUAGUGCACGUUAAAGAACCCCAGCUGGUCAAAAUUAAUCCGGAGCCCUCCACUACGGCGUGCCUCAUAAUCAGAACAGGUUUUGGCACGUAAAACCCCAGAAAGAAGAAGACAUUCCUAAUGGCAUCACCGGACGUUUGCGUCAUCCUUUUGCCUGUCUGUAGAGGCUUGGAAGGUGUCUGUCACCAUGUCAGAGCGAGGACAUUGUGUCUUUAGAUUGUUGAUCCUGGCGAUCUGAUGCCUUGCUCGAUUGCCCUACUGAUGCUUCAUCACCUCUGCUCUCGCGCUGGCAGGCAGGGCAGGCUCCUGUUACUUCAGCAUCCGGUGAUGGCACCGCCUGGGAGGUGCUAUUCACAUGGAUUGGCGGUGGCUGACUAGCUGGAUCCAUUCGCUCUGAUUUUUAACUCCAGACGAGAUAAUUUCAUUACUAUUUUUCAAUUACAUUUGGAUAGCGUGAUGCCUGUCACCGAUUUGCGAUGAAAGCACUGCAAUGCAUAAUAAUAAUGUGCCAAAAGUCCACCAUGAGGCAGCCCUGUUACAAAAAUCCAAAUUUCUGUCUACCUUAACGUGCCACUAAAUCUUAGUUUUCUAUUUCGCUUUCUUCAAAGUGUGGCUGCAAUAGCAAUGACCCAGCGAGAUGCAUUCACAUUUCAGUAAUUGAGGUUUCGCAAGAGCGUCGAAGCAUUGUCAUGAAAGAGGGAGCUAUUCGAAUACAAAGUAUAACUUCAUAUAUGACGUGGCGAUGUCCGAGAAAAAAAAAAACACUUUUUGUGUGUUGCCAUCGCUUCAAAUGUCUCUACUGCAGCACAAAAAAAAAGAAAAGAAAAAAGUUCUUUUACGCCGAGAACGUGUCCAAUGGGGUAUAACAUUUGUCGUAGGUGAAAGCGAAUAAUUUGGCUCUUGGAUUGAGUAACAAAGCGAAAUUAGCGCCAUUUCUGUUGCUCUAAGCAAAUCUGCGCAUGCAGUUUCAAUGCUACCACAAUGCAGGCAGACCCUCUGUGUCAGGCUGACUCAACUUGCCGCGCAAGGAGCUGAUAUUUCUUGCUCCGACGCGCCGCCUGGGCAGUGCCAAAAGCCUAUAGUAGUAAAGUUUUACUUAUUCUAAAUAGAAAUGGAAAGCACAGCUUUAAAAUGGUAUGCAAAAUCUGUGCUAAGAGGCACACAGUGAGAUAUUUUUUAAACAUGAGAAUGUUUAGUGUUAAAAGGAUGUGCUAAGGCACACUGGCAUGCCAUUUGCUCAUUUUGCCUCAGUCUCAUGAGUCAAGUUGAUACUUUGUCAUACUGCCAUAUUUCCGGCUUUUGUUUUUGAUACUUUUUCAACUUGGUUUUAUUUUCUUCCUGAACACAUUUAUGUUCUUCAAAUAAAGGCUUGCUUUUCUUUUGUCAGUGAUCAUUCCUUUCAAACAGCAUUUUUUUUGUUAUUCCUUUGGAAACGUGGAGGCAAUUGUUCACAGAAAAGUUGAACUGUUUCUUCAGCAACCUCUGCAGUAUUCAUUAGCCGUGGCCCCUGUUUCUUAUCACUUGGUGUAAAAUUACUGUAAACAUAUAUUGUACAGAAUACUAGGGUUGAUUUGACCUGAUCACGAGGUAUAUCCAGUGUAAAAUGUGGCAACAGGCGUUUCUAAGAGUAGUCAGGAAAAGUUGUUUCAACAUUUACUAGGCAUUUCUAUUACAUGUUUACUGAGUGAAAUAAAAAGUUGUGUGUUCCUACGAAGCCACGACCAUAAAUAAGGCAGUAUCUUAAUUGCAACCAAUUUACAGCUGCAUUCAGCACAGAUAUCCUGUUUUAUGCUGUGCACUCACAUAAAUGAGUGCUAGUUGUGUACAAAAUCUGUACUACUCUCGGUGCACCUUCCAUCCAAUGAAGGUUGGGUCACUGUUUCAUAAUACAGCCAACAAAGCUUCCAAGUCGCUGCGGACGGGCCAUUAGAACUGGAGUCACUUGAGUUUUGUACAAGAACAUGUAUGUUUAUUAUCAUUGAUUACAGUGCAAUUCUUGCAGAACCUCGAAUGCGCCAUGCCGUGGGCAUGCAGCGGGUGUGCGUGUUUCCGCCAACUUUAUCUUGUGCCAGUCUAUCUUGCAUCCAUUUAUGUUCUUUGUACAGCCACAGUGUGUACUGCUGCGGUACUUGUACAAAUGAUGCGCGCAUAAGCGUGAUACGGCAUGCUGUUUUCCCGAAGGGCUGUUUGAUGGCACGUCAGUAAAAACCAUGUCAUGAC